ACGGAAUAGAAUCGAUAACCAUUUGGAUUGAAAACAUAAGAAUACAUGUUGUUGUUGUUGUCAUAACGACCCUUGUAAUGUUGUUGAGAAUCUAUGGAUACUGGAACCCAUUUCUGACACAAAUUCACUCAGACAAGCAGCAGUUUGUAUCAGAGAGAGAUUUGACAGUGACAAUCCAAAAGUGCUCAUUGUAACAGGAGAAACAACAACUAGUCCAGCAGAGUACAACGUUGGACAACAUGGAAGUCAACCCCAGAGAGAUUGAACCGCAGAUGAAUUUCUAUCUGAGUUCACUUGAAGAACAAGUGCGGUUUGAGCUCAAGGACAGCGAGGCGAGGCUCACCCAGAGUCAAUCUGAGGGAAGAGUUCACCUGAUCGUCAGAGAGGACUUGCUGGCCGAUGUCCUCGAUCAGCUCCAACAGCAGAGAGAGGGCAGCAGUUGGAGGCGUGAGAAAGAGCUGAUGCAGAGGGAGGUGAGUGACUUAAAAGUUCAGCUGGCUGAACGUGUCCCCUCCCCCCCCAGGGAAUCAGAGUUUCUGAAAUCCCAGCUGGGGAAAAUCAGCAACAGACUCAGAAAAGCCCAGAAAGAUCUGGAACUUCAGUACUUCAUUAGUGAAGACCUGAAGGUGGAAUUGGACAAGACGAAGGCAGAGAAGGAGGCCCUUAACACUAAGGUGGAGACCCUGAAGACAGAACUUGGAAAAGAGAGACAGAUGCUCGCGGUUGGUAAGACCACCAAUGUGAUGUUGGAGAGCAAUCUGGAGAGUGAGAGGGCUCGAUCUCAGGAGCUGAAGGACAAUCUGAGCCAGAUGGAGGAAGCUCUCCAAAAACAAGAGGAGGCGACAAAGGAGGUACUGGAAAGAUCCCAGGCUUCCCACAGAGCCCAGCUGGAUGAGGCUCUGCAGAGAGCCUCAUCCCAGCUGGGAAAAAUCUCCAACAGGCUGCGAAAAGCCCUGAAAGACCUCGACCUUCAGUACUUCAUGACUGAAGACCUGAGGGUCGACUUGGAGAAGACGAAGGGAGAGAAGGAGGCACUUCAAAUUAAUGUGGAGACUCUGAAGACGGAACUUCGUCAGAAAAGACAGAUGCUCGCGGUAAGUAAGACCAACGUGGAGUUAGAGUUGGAGAGCUAUCUGGUGAUGGAGAGGGCUAGAGCUCACGAGCUGAAGGAGAAACUGAGCGAGAUGGAGGAAGCUCUCCAAAAGCAGGACGAGGGAAAGACAAUUCUGGAAAGAUCCCAGGCUUCCCUUAGAGCCCAGCUGGAGAUGCAGGACAAAGACAGCAAGGACCUCAUGGCUGCUCUGAAGGAGGCUGAGCAGCAGCUGGAGAGUCAGCUCCAGGAGUGGAAGGAGGACAAGUCAUCCCUCCUUCAGGCCUCAGAGAGACUGAAGCUGAGUCAACAGGAAAAGGAGCAGGAGUGGGAGAGGACGGAGAGCACCCUGAGGUCCCAGCUGGAAGAUCUGGAGAGCCAGAUCAUGGAAAAGCCAAAGAAGAAGAAGAGGAAGUGGUACAAAAGGCUUCUCCCUGGCAGAGGAUAACUGCUGCCCCCGGUAGCCCUGAGUUCUCAGGAGAAGAGGAGCGAGUGUGUUCUCCUCCUCAGCCGGGACAGAGCCUCUCCACGGCCAAGAUCUCGUACACGCCUCCCCGUGGCACACACGGUAACUGGUCCCUCGUGGCUCCAGGCUAAGUUGUACGGGAUCUCGGAGCAGCAGUGGGCCCCAGAGACGUGGCAUGCAGGCCCAUCGGUGAGUGGAAACACCCUGAUGCCCGUCAACCACUGUCCCAGUUAUGGGUAAAUAGCCCCAGUUAUGGGUAAAUAGCCCCAGUUAUGGGUAAAU